AUGUCCAGUAUAAAAACUGAGGAUUACUUUGCUGAUAGUAAUGCUCCAAUUGCCAGAAUUGAGGCCGGUAAAUACUUUAGGCAGUUGACUCGUAAAGAGCAGUUGUACGCCCAUUAUUUUUCUAAGGCAGGUCAUUGGGGAACUAGAACCGUCCUACGUUCUGUUUCACCCGAAUCAGAAGAUAUAUUUGACCUUAUCCUUGCGAUUCAUGAGGCUGUCAAAGGUGAUUACUCUAAUACCAAGAAUGCAAUGGGAGAAGAACCCGUGCAAAAAUACUUGGAGUAUGCGUCCCAGUUUUUGGCCAAUUUGGGUAAUUACAAAUCGUUCGGUGAUGUUAAGUUUGUUCCGAGAAUCUCCUUAACCGAGCUCAAGACGCUAGUUGAACUUACCAACAGCGAGUCUGCUCUUCAGUUAUUUGAAGACGUCAGAAUUCCCUUAUAUUCAUUGGAUAGCAGUGUUGCUCUUCUAGGAUCCCCAGAGGAAGGCCAUGUGUCUGGAUACUACUUGAAUUUGGUUACCAAGGUCGAAGGUGAAGCUGUGGAUGCUGCAUUGGCCAGUAAGGGCAUCAUGCCUGAGAAUGUCAGAGUUGAAAAGGCUGGCGAUGGAGAAUUUAUUGUCCAUGUGGCCAGUGCAAAUAUCUCAAAUGCCACUGGCUAUUAUCCAGAGAAGAUUGAUUUCAAAGUUAGGGCAGAGCCUGCUAGUUUGACCUUUGACUUCGGCGAUCAUUCAAGGGAGUUUAAGGGGGUGGUAGAAAACCUAGAGCAGGCAAAGAAUUACGCCGCUAAUGACAAUCAAGUUAAGAUGCUUGAAAAUUACAUUGCGGCUUUCAUGACAGGUUCAAUGAACUGCCAUUAUAACUCUCAGAUACAUUGGGUUAAGGACAUAGGUCCUUCUGUUGAGACCAACAUUGGAUUUAUUGAGACCUACCGUGAUUACCUUGGUACCAAGGGGGAGUGGGAAUGCUUAGUGGCCAUGGUGAACAAGGAUAGGACCAAAAAGUUCAGUGAAUUGGUUAGCAAUGCAAAGAACUUCAUCACCAAAUUGCCAUGGGAUAAAUCAUUUGAGAAAGAUGAUUUUACUCCACCUGAUUUUACUUCUUUGGAAGUUUUGACUUUUGCCGGCUCAGGAUGUCCAAUUGGUAUUAAUAUUCCAAAUUACGAUAAAAUCAGAAUCAAUGUGGGUUUCAAAAACGUUUCCUUGGGCAACAUUCUCAAUGCAAAGUCUAGAAAGGAGCCUAUUUCUUUUAUUUCUCAGGACCUUCAGAAUGUUUAUGACGAAUAUCGAACACAGGCAUUUGAGGUACAGGUUGGCAUUCAUGAAUUGCUAGGUCACGGCACUGGAAAAUUGUUGAUGCAGAACGAUGAUAAGAGUUUCAACUUUGACACUGCAAACCCACCUAUUGGUUUGGAUGGUAAACCGGUCAAGACAUACUACAAACCUGGAGAGACUUGGGGAUCAUUAUUUGGCUCUCUCGCUGGUCCUUAUGAGGAGUGUAGAGCUGAAUCUGUGGCCAUGUUCUUGGUUACCGAUCGCAAGUUGCUUGAAAUUUUUGGUUAUCAUACUAAAGAGGAACAAGAUAGAGUGAUCUACGUCUCCUAUUUGUCGAUGUGCAGAGCAGGCUUGUUGGCACUCGAAUUCUACGAUCCGGAGAACAAAAAAUGGGGACAGCCUCACUGCCAGGCUAGAUAUGCCAUUAUGAAAACCUACCUUGAUGCUGGUGAAGGGUUAUUGAAGUUCAAAUACACCAAGAAUGACUUUUCCGAUCUUUUCAUUGAGGUGGACCAAUCAAAGAUCGCUACAGUGGGCCAGAUGGCAAUUGGUGAGUUUUUGAGAAAAUUGCACCUUUACAAGUGCUCGGCCGAUGUUAAGAACGGAUCCAGUUUCUUCAAUGAUUUAACAUCUAUUAAUGACGAUUUAUUGAAGUUCAGAGAUAUCGUUCUUAAAAAGAAACUUCCAAGAAAACAGUUGGUCCAGGCCAAUACUUUUGUUACCAAGAAGAACGAGGUCGAAUUGCGCGAAUAUGAUGAAACUGAGGUUGGUAUUAUUAAGUCCUUCGCUGAGAGGGAGACUUAA